AUGUCGGUCUGGGAGAAAACACCCAUCACUGUCCCUAAGCCUGCAGUGACAAAGAUGGUGACCACCUCAUCAAAUCCCAGUGAGGAGACCCUCACCGAUGGUGACCACGGCCACAUUGUCGAGAAGGUCGUCUCCAAGGAGAUGGGGUCUGUCGAUACGGACUCAGAUUAUACCCUCGACCUUGAGGCACAGACCGUGAGUGCUAGUCCGACGCGAUUUGCAUUCUUGCGGUAUGCCGUCCUCACUCUUUAUCGACGUCUGUUCACACUAGUCUUCUGUGCGAAUGUUGGCGUUUUCAUUUGGGUCAUGUCAUCCAACCAGAAGCUCCUCGCUUUGGUCAAUGCCACCGCUGCCAACUUGCUUGCAUGCGGAUUAGCCCGGCAGCCACUCGUCGUUAACAGCAUCUUCCGCAUUGUGCUGUUAGUGCCGAGGUCGGCGCCGUUUACUUUGCGUCGAAUCGCUUCCAAAGUGUACCAUUAUGGUGGCGUACAUAGUGGAUGCGGCAUUGCGGCCCUAGUUUGGUAUACAGGGUUCGUCGGAGUGAUGUCGCAUCAGUAUUGGGCGCCUCGCACCGUUAGCGCGUCAACAGUCGUCAGCUUUUCAGCCGCGCCGGUAGCCUUAGCUUACACCAUCCUCGUGCUGCUGCUGGCCAUCAUCAUUGUUGCCCACCCCAUGUUUCGUAUGAAGCGACAUGAUUAUUUUGAACUCACCCACCGUUUCUCGGGGUGGCUUAUCGUGAGCUUGUUCAUUGCGUUGUUGUUGGUCUUUGCGCAUGAAAUCAGCCAGGCCCAGGGACAGAAUUUGGGUCUGUUCCUUGUUGAGCUGCCGGCAUUCUGGUUUUUGGUCUUGACAGUAGCUGCCAUCGUUCAGCCAUGGUUGAUGUUAAGAAAGGUCCCUGUACGCGCAGAGGUCUUGUCCACUCAUGCGGUGCGCCUGCACUUUGACCAUGCCGUGACCACCUUCGGCAAGGGCACCCAACUCUCCAAACAUCCUCUGCGAGACUGGCAUGGCUUUGCUACCUUCCCUGACCCCAGUCCGGCGGGAACGCGUGGGACACCGAGCUUCUCAUGCCUGGUGUCCAAGGCAGGCGACUGGACCGCCGACACCAUCAAGAACCCGCCCACCCAUUUCUGGAAACGUGGGGUUCUCCUCUAUGGCUUUGCAUAUUCCAUGCGGGUAUUCAAGAAGGUAAUCGUGGUGACCACGGGGUCCGGUAUUGGCCCCUGCUUGUCCUUCCUGGGUGAUGACAAUCGCCCCGAGCUGCGCGUUCUCUGGCAGACUCGCGCGCCGCUCAAGACGUACGGGCAGGAGGUGAUUGACCUCGUUCACCGGAUGGACAGCCAUCCAAUCAUCAUGGAUACCAAUCAGAUGGGUCGAGUUGAUAUGGUGCCCAUUGUGCAUCGACUAGUCGCAGAGUUCAAUGCUGAAGCGGUGUGUGUGAUCAGUAACCCUGGUCUGACUCGCCGAAUCGUGUAUGAACUCGAAGCGCGCGGGGUCCCAGCCUUCGGUCCAAUUUUCGACUCUUGA